GAAACGUAUACAUUAAUAAUAUUAAUCUCUCUUUAGAAAGCGAGAACUUUAAUUUGUUUGCUGUAUGUUUUCAGCUUGUUUUAAAAGGUACGGUUCAAGAUUAAAUUAUCUCGCAAAUUUGUCCUAGCUUAUCUUUCUUGUGUAUUAUUGCCCUCACUAUAUAGAAAACCUAUUUUUCAGUAAAAAUCUAAAGAGAAGAUGCAGUAAAAAUGGACACGGUGCAUGCGUUUUUCCCGUAUCCCCCGAUAAAUAUGCUGUUGGGAAUAUAGUUUCCAGUAACCUUAUGUGACAUUAAUAAAAUCUUAAUUAAUGAAGAAGAGAUAUGUUAUUAAUGUUGCACUAAGUAAACAAACCUUUAACGAGAGAAAUCCACAAUAAACUGAUAAUUAUAAUGGACAUCAAAAUAUCAUUAGUCCUGGGUUGUAACAUGACUGCACCUGCAGUAAAGUUUAAUUAAAACGAACUGUUUACUUGUAGAUAUAAUCUCGAACUGUCUGUGCCAGUGUAGGUAGCGACGAUAACAAGACGGCUGUUGAUUAAAGGCCCGUUUACACUUGCAAAUUUUACUGCGAUUUCUAGCGCAAUUUUCUUCUUCUGAUAGAUGAGAACGAGUAGAUGGGUAUGAAUGUUCUGCGUACAAGGUCCUUCAUCUGGGCACAGAUCUGAGCAUUUAUAACUCAUCCACUCCUUCACAUCCAUCAGAAGAAGAACAUCGCACGUGCUAGAAAUCGCAGCAAAGAUUGGCAGUGUAAACGGGCCUUGAGAGAGAUAUACGACUGCCUGAAAAAUACAAGCAGAACCUCUACGUUUCGAGUUAAGGCCAUUGAACUAUUAGUAAACUGGAAGGCUAACUGCUAUGAUGAAGCCUAUGAUUCGUUGAAGCCAAAAUAGUUUAUCUGAGUUAUGAGCAGAAAUACUUUAUCCCAAACGUUGGGCUAUAUAUCAAACUGAAGCUUUUGAAAAUUUCUAUUCGGUGUGGAAAUUUCAAGACUUCAGCAAAAAGAAAAAAACAACUGCCAUUCGGCAAAAAAUGACAAAUUAUCGGCAAUUAUUUUUGUAGUUUUUAAAUAUUUCCCUUUUAGCUAAAGUUCUAGUUUCAUAUCACAGCACAUGUGUUGAGUAUUUCUGCUCAUAACUCAGAAAAACUAAAAUGCACUGGCUUCAGUCUCCCCACCCCCCUGAGUUAGCAUUCCAGUUUACUUAUAGUUCAAUGGUUAAGGUCUUUCGUUGGGAAGUUAGUCACUAAUUAUUCGAUUAAGGGCCUUCGCUCGAAACGUCGAAAUUCUGUAUUCUGCACGUUCUUUUAGUUUUCUGGUAGUUUAUGAUAAUCUUUCUCAAUCCUCGACUGUUUCGCUAUUAAUAUAUAAGAGUAUCAUAAUUUUAUAAUAGAAUGUCUGUGCUUAUAGUUUAUAGUUCUUCGUUUCACUAUCCAGCCCGUUUUUGGUAUAGGUUUCUUUCAUCUCGUCUUAACCAACAGGUUAAAAAUUAUCCAGAACCUCCCAAUUUGUUCCGGUGUGUCCCCGUUCCCAUAUCGCAAUACGCCUUUGUGGAAGUGAUAUUAUAUAGCAAAAACAAUUUUCGAUUAUUUCGUUCUGUUUGUAUAAUUCAAGUCAUGCUAAGGAUGUUAAGAAAGAGACCAGCAUCUUCCUUACAUGUAACUGCAUCUAAAAAUAAUUCUAUUUUAUUAAGUUACAUCUUAAGUUAUUAUGUCGCUUGCAUUGCUAUACUGCCAAAGUUCCACUGUUAAGCUGGCUAUAUAUAAGUAUUAAUCGGGGAUCAGGCAGAAUUUUGGAGCUUAAAAAUUCCACAUUCGUAGGGCAAAUUUUAUUCCGCACUCCAUUUGUUGUUUUUCUAAAAAUAUCCAUUUCCCACAUCACAUCUUAAAAAGUCCCCACUCCGCUAAGCAGUAAACAUAAUGAUUAUUCCAUAUUCGCUAAGCAAAAAGUAAAUUAAUUUCCACUCAAGAAUUACGCUUCUUCGUCGUCCGAACGUAUUCGAACCGUAAAUACACCGUAUACAUACCUUCGUUUUUACAACUGGAUCACUUGAAGCUAGAACAAAUUGGAGUUUUGUUCUCAACGUCAGUUAAUAUAUAUAUAUAUGGCAAUUUCCUCCUGGGAUUUUUUUCAGCUCACGGAAGGAUUAACGAGAUUUAUAUACGCGCGUAAUUUACCUUGGCUACAAUUUAAGGAGCCAGGUGAUUUUAGUCAAGCGUAAUUGCAGUUGCAAUUGCAAUAAUUACUUGUAAUAAUUAUAACAUUUCAUUUAUAGUACGGGAGCGUUGAUUGGUCGAGAAGCGUGUUUUUAUAACUGUAUAAAAACACGGAAUAUUUCCCGUCUUCAUGCAUGUCUUCACUGUGCGCUGCAUACUUGAAAAAUGGGCGAUGUUAUCAGUUUUGACAACCGAUAUAAGGUACCAAAAGACAAAAAGGUUAUUCUCAGUUUAAUUAAAUAGGGAAGAACUUGGUUAUUUCAUACCUAAAUUGACAAGCAAAGUCGGGCAAUCGAUUGCGUGGAAUUUUGUGCUGAAGUAAUGAGAAUUUGUAAAAUGAUCAAACAAAAUGGCUGUUAAAAGUGUUCUUCAAUUAUAUUAAUAUAGUAAUAGAAAACGGUUUUUCCUGUGUUUAUAUUCAGUCAUAGGAAAACUUGUGGUAAUUUUGAAGAACUUGAAAUAACGUGGGAUUAUGAUUAUAUUUUCUCGAUCACCCAAACACCGACGGUGCAUGAUUCUAUAUUAAAUAUAAUUAAAAAUGAAAAGUGCAGUGACAGUUUCACUAAUAGCACAAAGAACACAUUUGACAUUUUGUAUGAAAUUAAUUCGUUCCAUAUUUAGUACUGUUUAAAGAAAUAAUAACAAACCGUUUUGAUGUCCUUUUUAAUAAACGUGUAUUAGGACUUGCUAUUAAACCAGCAGGUAUAGGAAUGAUUAUUAUUUUCGUAUUUAGUUUACAACUAAAUAUACAGAUUAUUUCUCAUUAUCGCGUUCUUUUUAAAAUAGAUAACUUCGUAUAGUUUAUAAUUAUUAGGAAAGGCAUAUUUUGCAAUGAGAACGCGGGAAAAAGCCAAAAAUCGGAGGAAAUUAAAGAAACAUGCACGAGGCCCCGGGACGUUCCAUUUCGGUCAGAGUAUUAUUUAUAAUAGAUGUUUACAUCAAACCGGGACAAAAAAUUGCUCAGACCAGUCUGCAGUCAUCCCGCUCGCUGGACCGAACCAACGAUCUUCACUACUUCAGACAGGGAUAAAUUUAGAGCGAGAUGAAUGUCAAUACAAAUAAGAUUCCGCUGCAGCGAAAACCCUGACAAAGGCUGGUCACGUGACACCCAGAUCCCCCCGGGCACACGACGUUGUUUCAACGUUGAAAUUUGGUAGAAAAAAGGUUGCGACGUCGACAACCUAAUAUCUACGUUAUUCUGACGUUGUUUUACAAACAUUGGUUCAACAGCAGCCAACAGACGUUGAAUUAACGUUCAUUCAUGGUUAAAUGUACGUCGUCGAUUUGUGAACCAAUCUCAACGUUGUUUUAACGUGGAUUCAACGUUGAAUUAUGGUUGACGAGAUUGGCAACCUAAUUUCAACGUUGUUUCAACGUCGAAACAAUAACGUCGAUCCAAUUUGCAUAGUCAACCCUUUUUCAACGUCUAUCCAACGUCUGGAAGGUCAUUUCCAACGUUAAUUCAACGUUGGAUAAACGUCAUUUUGCCCGCUGGGAUUUUGGGUGCUAAAUUAUGCGACUCAGGGACGGUAGGUCAUCAAACGGCAAAACCAUAUUAAAAACUCUGAACUAAGAUUUGCUUUAUUUAUUUAGAUUUGAUAAUAUAAAAUAAAAUUUCGACUACAAUGUUAUAAUGACAUAAAGGGCCUGAAAAUGCAAAGUAGGUAUGAAAAUGCAAAGCUUUCGUAAGAGCGAAACCCGACAGCACAACAAGGCAUGCAGCGCUCUUCACGAUUUAAUUCCAUUUUACUGUAAAACGUUUUUGUCCAAAAAUAUUAGCGGUUUUCUCGUGUGGUUGCCAGGCAGCACACUCUGAACGACAAUUUUUUAAACUAGCGAGAUUAAGAUAUUUUUACACCGAUGCCGUUAUAACGUAAACAAACGUGAAACAAGUUACUCCAAUAAAUAUUAUAAAGCCAAAAAAAUAUCUGCAUGACAAACGAUAUUAGCUAACCAUGCAUUAGUUGCGGUGGCUGGCAAGAGUUCAUUAUAUAUAUAAAUUAAGAGUGUAUAUACUGAAUGGUUUAAUGAAGCAUGCACACUCAAUUAGGCUACGACAUUUCACUUUCAGUCUUGACAGCACUCUAUCCUUCUUUAUAUCUAUAUGAUUUACGUUUUGCGACAAGUAUUAUUUAGAACCCCAAAAGGUGUAGCAAUUUGACAUACUGCACAGUUAAGUAAACAUGCAUGGGGAAGUGCAUCACUUAUUAUUAAAACCGCAUAAAGGCAGCUAUAUUGUUUUAUUAUAUUUUUAGUUCAACGACGAUAAAACCAAACGGCCAUAUACAGUAUAUCGGUCAUACUAUUCAGACUAUUUCAUAUGAAAUGUACAUCUUGUGUUGGCGCGGGUUAGAUUCGAAUAAUAAAAAAGACAAACAAUUAUAUAAAUAAUACCAUAGUUGCCUCGAAAUCCUUUGUCUCGCGAGGUACGAUUAAUCACUAAUUUACCUCAUUACCCAUGCAUACGCUUUUGUCUUCUAAAUUUCCCUCAUCAAGCAUGCAAGGAAAAAUUAGAAGACAAAGAAAUCCUUUGUUUUCAACUAAAUUUACCCGGGAAAUUUAGUUGAAAACAAAGGAUUUCUUUGUCUUCUAAUUUUCCCCUGCAUGCUUGAUGAGGGAAAUUUAGAAGACAAAAGCGUACCUCAUUACCUCUGAUUGGAGAGCUGUACCUCAUCGAAAAUCAUCGGCACAACAAUGGACAGUAUCUGACGACACCGUCCCGUACACAUUCGAACAAUCACUUUGCCAGCUUUUAUUCCCUAAUCUUGAACAUUACAAUUGUGGGAGAAAAUUCCGUUUAUGCGCAUGCCUAAAACGAAUGAACACGGAGAUGUGUUUCUGCACGUGCGUAUAUGUGAAAAGUGUUCGUACCACAAUCAUAAGACAAUCAAACAGCAUUCAAAACAGACAACACACCACGCGCGAUUCCCUCGGCAACUAUGAUAUUACAAAGUAAUAUAUAUAGCAUGGCAUUACGGUCGAUUAGUGAUGAAAUGUCCCUCAAGCCUCGAGGGGUUUAGUAAAAGUCCCGGCGCUACGCACCUCGGGACUUUUACUAAACCUCUCUCGGCUUUCGGGUACAUUUAAUCACUAAUCGACCUGAAUGCCAUGAUAUUACUUAUAAAAAUUACCCAUUCGGCUAACGCUUGUUUACAACUUUUGAAAUUUCACAUGCACUUAUACAUAUAUUUGUUCAAUUAGUAAACGAAAGCAUCAAAUAAAACAAAGCAUUACAACAAUUACACUAUUUUAUUGACGUUAAGGGAUAAUAAUAAUAAUAAUAAUAAUAGUGGGUUUAUUAAUUACACGUUCGAUAGCAAAAAGCUAAAUUACACCGUGUUUACAUCGUCAGAUAUUAAUUAGAAUUAAUUAGAAUUAUUACUUAUUUAAAACUAUUUACAUCAAUGGACCUAUAUGUAUAUUAAAAUCGUUUAUAUAUAUAUAUAUAUAUAUAUAUAUAUAUAUAUAUAUAUAUAUAUAUAUAUAUAUAUAUAUAUAUAUAUAUAUAUAUAUACAUAUAUGUAUAUAUAUGGAAUUGUAUAGAUAUGUAUAUAAAUCUUACUUAUCUAAUUUAAAAUUAUAUUCAUUAAUAGCAUGAACUACAGGGCUGUUUCUAAAACGUUCAGUGUUGCAAAAAAAGUUAUAAAUCUUAUCGCCAUUUGUCCUAGUCUCUCUUUCCCUAAUGUCACUCAGUUUCUUUGGCAAUAGUCCGUGAAGUCUGUGUGAUGGUUGUAACAUGUUCUCAAUUAAGGAGGCACAUAAAUUGUUUCUGUGUUCUUCUAAGGUCAGCAGAUUGCUGUGAGAUAAUAGAAGUCCAUAAUCACAAAGGCCAGGAUAAAUUAUUCGGAGGGCUCGUUUUUGGAUUCUUUCUAUGUUUUUCUUAUGCAUUUGUGUCAGACCACCACUCCAGAUUUGUGCACCAUACUCCAGAACAGAACGAAUUACUGUACAAUAGAAAGCUAAUAGAUUAUUUUUUGGUGCACCAUAACUCUUUAAAAUCUUCAAGAGGUAAAGUCGCUUAGCGCCUUUUUUUACAAUAUACUCAGUGUUGGUUUUCCAUCUCAUGUCAUCGUCUAUCCAUAUUCCUAACAAUUUAUACGACUUUACACGGGAUAUUUUAUCGUCGCCAAUAUUAAUCAGUGGUAUUUCUGUUUUCUUUUUCCGAAAAUUAAUUAGCGUUUCUUUACAUUUUUUCCAUUCAGUUCCAUACUCUCAUCCUUUGCAAAUUGCAAUACGUUAUUUACACUUCGUUGGGUGUUACCAAUUGGGCUACCAGAUGAAUGUAGAGUUAUGGUAAUGACUUCGGACAAUGUACUAUCAUCAACGAACAUAGCUAUAUCUUGAUCAUCACAUGCUUCACAUAUCUGUUCCUGCUCAUUAGGUAUAGCGACUUGUGGGAGAUGGUUAAUUUUUAGGAUAAAUGCUAUUGGACCCAGUUCGCUACCCUGUGGGAUAUACUGUUUUUGACGAUAUACGAAAUUCUCAGAUAAUUCUACAAAGUAUAUGCAAUGCUUUUCAUAGUUAGUUCAUUCCUUAAAUUCUUCGUAAAUUAUCUCAACUCUCAAGUUUUGAACUUGGUAUUUAAAUAAGCGUUAUCCGUUUAUCAAAUAUGCCCGAAAAUCCAUAUAUAAAUCGUCUCUAAUCUCUAUUUUUGUAUUGAUAGCAAAUGUCUCCUGUCCUACCCCGCCCUAGUGACAUACUUUCAUGUGGCACCCAAAAUCUGGGUGCCUCGUGACCAGCCUGUGUCAGGGUUUUUGCUGCAGCAGGUUUGAGGGGAUAGCGGAAGUGAAAACCCUGAGUAUCAGGUUGGGCAUGACUGGGCAAACGCUAACUCUACCAAGUACCCAGCACAAAAUUUGGCAGGAGCGCCAUAAUCGUUUCAUUGACGAAAACUGCUCCAGAAGUCUUAAUUUUGUUGAUUCUAAUUCCCACAAUCGUGUGCAAGAAUAAUGAGACUCUUCACAUUUUGGUGAUCUUUUUCACGUGUAUGCCCCUCUCCCAUUAACAAUGUUGAAAACAUAUUAUUAGAUGACCCUUGCCUCAAAAUUGUUUUAACAACAUUGCAAAAGGGGGAGGGCAAGAACCACUUGUUAUAGGAGGGAGGGGAUCAUUAAUUGAACUGCUUGUUUCAAUAAUUUUUGCGCGCGAUUGUCUUAGCAGACGCCUGUAUGGGAUCCCAAACUUAAUUUAAUUUGUGCCAAAAAUUGAAAUUGACCCAUUCUCGAGCAAAAUUUUAAAUUUUUCCGGAUUUAAGCCCAGUGAUCUAGUUCGAAAUCGGACUAGAGAGACGCAGAACGGGGGACUGGGUACGAGUAAACGACCAUUUUAAAUUUAUUUAAAUUUGUUGUCGUUUACACACGAAGAUGAAAUAUUAGGCGAAGUAUUGGAAAAUCCAAACCAAAAGGACAGAGCAGUGCCCGGCAAAAAUCGAAAAUUGUUUUAGACUUUGAGAAUAUAUCUUAAUUGUGCAUUAAUAAGAGGUAAGAUUUUGCUAAAUUGUUUAAUAUGGCUAAAUGUUUCUGAUCAAUAAUAAUGUGAUGGUCAACAAAAGCUUCACUGUAAAUACAGCAAUUAUACGAAGUUACUUGUAUUAUUUACAGAGUAUGGACCAGUCUGAGAGUAUAAUAAUAAUAAUAAUAAUAAUAAUGGUAUUUUAAAAACACAUCAUCGCAUGAAAAUGAAUUACAAUGUGUUUUACAAUUGAUUUGAAUGGGAAUUACAAUACUAAGAGUAACUAUGUUACAAUGUAUCAUUAGAUUAUUAAAUAAGAACUUAUAACUAAGAACAAUUAUUUGUUUAAAACACUAAUCAUGCCAGGGAAAAACUAUUUCUAAAUCUAUCAGUUCUACAUUUAAAAGAAGCGAAUUGUUUAAAAUUUCUUAAAUUAUACACAUGUUCGUUUUCCCUGGUGAGAGUUAGAUGGGAAGACGACUACCCAAAGCAAUAUUUUUCAUCGUCUUUUCGCAAAGUUCACCUCGACGUAUAUCCAGCCUAGGACACUGCAACAUUUCUUGCGCUUCACCGUAGGAUCGACCUGGCAGUAUAAUCCUCAAUGCACGUUUUUGAAUUUUCUCGACUUGUUCAGACAGAUACAUAGGUAGACCACAAUGCCAUACUGUACAACAAUAUUCUAAUGUAGAUCUAAUCAAUGCAUAAUAAAUUGUGAUAAGGUCGUGCGGUGGAAUCCCUCCCCGUCGUAGGACACGUAGGAUAUGCAGUCGCUUGGAUGCUUUGGUAACAAUCAUCGAAAUAUGUUCGUUCCACUUAAGAUCAUCCUGGAUGAUCAAUCCAAGAACCUUGUGCGACGAUACACAUUAAAGUGACACAGAUGAUUUCCAGGUCAAUACUUUAGCCUCUGCAAACCAGAUACGAAGAACAUACCUGGUUACGUACAACGAGGCAAAGUUUCGGGGAGCAAGUGGCUACCUACUUUGACGAAGGAACGGGAAAAUUUAAAGUCGAGCACUGGGCUUGUUGCCAAGAGCCACAUGAGAACUCUGGUGUACACUAUCACAUGAGCUUGAAACUCGAUGGAGCGAAACGAUGGAAACAAGUGAAAGAAAAGAUGAUGAAAAACCAUGGGAUUGUGCGGCACUUUUCCAACGCGCACGAUAAUUAUCACUCGGCAUAUCAAUAUGUGACGAAGCAAGACACGGAAGUGUUUUUAAGUCCCAAUCACCCCAACCUUAACGAAAUCGGUUCUCCUAGAACCAAAACAAACAU